UGCUUUGGGUGGGUGGGGUCUGCACCUGACCACAAACUUUAGCCUCCCUGCCGGGGCCUAGGGAAUGAAGUUUGUAAGACUCAAGAGCCCCACAGACCCCCAAGAAAUCAUCUGUCCCCAGUUCACCCAGUUUGGCCCCAAAGUGCACCCUCAGUGCAUAAAUGCUUUCCACUCACCUACCCCCUCUGGCUUUUGAUAGGAAAACAGUUUAGCUUCUCAGAUCAACUGCAGGUCAGCCCAGGUUAGGGCCCCUGGAGAAGACCAGGGCACCCCAGCUCUGACUUCAUGUAACCCAAAGGCUGGUCUGGGACAGACAGAUUAGACUUGUGUUGUGUGGCCACAGACGACCAAAUAGAUGGGAAUUUAGGGAAACUCAGUUUAGCUCAGAACAAAGGGUUCUAACUGUUAUACAUGUCCAGUAUUAGAAUGGGCCACCUUGUGAGGUAAUGAGUCCUUGUCACCUCUAGUCUUUAAACAGAGCUGACGGUCCAUCAGAUGCUAAAAGGUUCCCAUGAUUAAUGGCAGUGUUGGGGCCAGAAUGCCUAGGUCCCUUGCAGGCCCCUUGUUAGGCUGCCUCACCCUGGAUGGGGAGAAGAGGUGGAUGCUGUGGACAUGCCCAGGUCCCGAGGAGAGAAGUGGAACUGGAGGAUUAAGGACAAGUUGCGGUUACGGCCUUUGCCCUGUGGUCCCAAACAUGGCCUGCUUUACAAAGCUGCUGAAGGCACACUGCAGAACCUAGCGAAGUGAGUGCCAUUCUGACCCUGAGUAGCUUACAGCGAAGCCUUGGCAAAGUCACCUUCCUCUCUGGUUCUGAUUUUCUCAUCUGAACACUGAAGGGGAGAUCCAGUGAGCUCUCAAGCACCUUCAGGCCAUGGCAGUCCGUGUGGCCGGCUCUGCCUUUCUGAGCAAAUCAGUGAAGUAGUGGCCCUGGGGUGUAAGGGGCCAAAUCACCAUAGGCUUCUUCCUGAUGUCCUGCAGCUACUGCUGAUGGGGAGCUUUUCCAACUUGCCACACUCUUGCCCCGAGUGUAAUUUAGCACCAUGUGUGGAUAGCAGAUUUAGCCUGAUGUUAACUAGCUGUGUGACUUUUAGCAGCUUUCCUUCUCGAAGACUUAGCUGCUUUACCUGUAAGACCAGAGCCAGAGCUGGACUAAACAAUGGGAUUUACUGGGGUUGACAGCUCCAGACUGUUCUAGGAGUCAGGACCCUGUCAUUCCAGGAACUAAGGGGAUCCCCACUCUGUGGCUGACGCCCAGGAUGAGAAGUCAUCCACCUGACAGUGAAAGUGAAGCUCUAAAGAUGGACUUAGAGCCCUCUGUUCCCCCCCAACUCUGCCACCAAGCAUAUCUCAGGAGGCCCUUACUGGUGUCAUUUCCCUUGUCCCUCUGCAGUGGCUACAGGAUAACCUGGGAGGAGCUUAGGAGCUUUAAGUUUGGGGUGGCAAGGCCCUGAACAGGGGAAUGUCCUGUCCACGGUCACACGGCAAAGAAGAGUACCCUCAGCCCACAACUCGGCCCGGUCUUGAGCCCUCUCUCCCCAGCUGCCUACGAGCCACCCAUUCCACGGGCUUGUGGGCUUUUUUCCACAUCUCACUUCCCCCAGCCCUGGACCUCAGACAGCAGAAAGCGGCAGAAGCCAUUCUCUGAGGACCGCACCUCAGAGAAGAGCCUGGAUCUCCCAGGUGGGAUUUGCUCUAAGGCCUCUGGCAGGGAGGCAGGCAUGAAAGCUGAUCCCCAAGAGGGCGUGGCUCCAGAAAGCUGGCAAAUAAAAAUCCGGAGAGCCAGCACCGUCUGGAGACCAACAGAGGACCUGAGGAACCCGCUCAGCAAGCCACUCGGUUCCUGGGCCUUGGAAGUGAUACCCAUGGCCUCCCCCCAAAUGCUGCUCCUCUGCCUGCUGGUCCUGGCAGUCACCGAAGGCUGGGGUCGGCAGGUGGCCAUCCCAGGCUGCCACUUGCACCCCUUCAACGUGACAGUGCGAAGUGACCGCCAAGGCACCUGCCAGGGCUCCCAUGUGGCACAGGCUUGUGUGGGACACUGUGAGUCUAGCGCCUUCCCUUCCCGGUACUCUGUGCUGGUGGCCAGUGGCUAUCGGCAUAACGUCACCUCUGUCUCUCAGUGCUGUACCAUCAGUGGCCUGAAGAAGGUAAAGGUGCAGCUGCAGUGUGGGGGGGACCGGAGGGAGGAGCUGGAGAUCUUCACGGCCAGGGCCUGCCAGUGUGACAUGUGUCGCCUCUCGCGCUACUAGCCCCUCCCUUCCCUUCCUCCUUCCCCUUGGUCAGAGGGUUUGAGUUGGAGUAUAUCCCAA